CUUCUGCUAAUGGUCUUUGUGUGAAGGCGGGGAGGACGCGCCGCUGUUUGGCUGCUGAUUAGCAACAAACAAGGUUACGAGUUUAAAAAAGACCGGAUUUUUACGAUGAUAUGACGGGAUUUGCGUCAACCACAGCGGUAUGAAGUGUGUCAUGUGCUCGGUAGGAGCUCGUUGGCCCGCUUUGGACGGCAUCUGGAGGUGAUUUUUUUGGCCAAUACUUGGCGCUGGUGGCGGAGCUAAAGCUCGCUUUUCGGUGGCUCGAGCGGCGAUGCUGCCGAGUUGCUAGCUGCGUCAUCAUGUUGCUUCCGACUCGAGUUGGCGGAAAUAGAUCUCAAGUUAACGCCGGAGGUGAAGCCGCCUGCCGUCGUUUGGCUCCGGAGGCCGCUGCCGACCCCUGAAGCACCCCGAAGGAGGGCUGAGGAGGAGCCGGGGGAGGCUGGCGCCCAAACCCGCCGCUCCUGAAUUUAUUAUCUCCACUCGGACGGACAGCGGAGUAAAUAAUUUUUAAGUAGUAGCAGAAGAUUGUUGCCCAACUCUGGUGAUUAUUUCGAAGAUGUUGCGUGAUGAUGACCCGUGUGACGGCUCGGUGAGGAGGUGUUGCCGUUAAAUGGGGAUAUUGUUGGUGUAAUUUAAGCGGCUAGUUUGUCAUCGUCUCCACGUGGACUUUCUGUCGGGACUAACUUUUGCUAGAGAGGCGAUUUGUCAAAGUGAAACUCGCCUUAUUUUAGAAAACUGAACGCUUUCCGUUCUGAUCCGUUUUCCAAUGGCUCACAGCAACGCCCCUUACGGCAGCACAGACACGUUUUGCUCGUCCAGACUUUGGUCGGACCUCGGACCGGCAGAGAGGUCUGCAGACAGGAGGAGAUUUGGGGAUUCGGUCGGGCACUCCAAAGGGUGUGGAACUGCCAACUUUGAGGUGAUAGACGGGGUGUUGUACCGCAAAAAGCUGGAGAAAGGUUUCGUAAACUACAGGGAGGUUUUGGAUGAAGAUCGGAGAUGUGACGCAAUCUCCACCUUCCACCGGAGGCGACCCGGCCAGCGCCACCUGUCCCUGGAGGAGACCUACAAAUGUGUGGCUGAGAACUACUGGUGGGAAGGGAUGUACUUCCAGAUCAGAGACUUUGUCCUGUGUUGUCAGGAAUGCCGGAACCAACAUAUCAAGAAAUCAAAUGAAUUGGGCGGCAGAACAUGUGUGUCAAAGACUGUGUCGUCACACAGUGCUGAUGUAUUGAGCAAAUUGAGAAGUCAGCGGGAGGCGGGGCUUUUCUGUGACAUUACCUUAAGGACCAGCGGGAAAUCGUACACGGCCCACAAAGCUGUCCUGGCAGCCGUCAGCGACCACUUCCAGGAAAUCUUUACAGAGACGGACUCCAGCAGCAAGCCAGACAUCGAUCUCACUGGUUUCAGAGAGGAGAGCCUUCUGUCUCUGCUAGAUUUCUCCUACUCUUCCACUCUGUCCGUUCAUCAGGAGGAUUUACCUGAAGUCAUCACCAUGGCCCGUCACCUUGGUAUGUGGCCGGCAGUGGAAGCCUGUUCUGCACUCAUGAAGGAGCAAGAACGGCAGUCACAGCUGUCUACCAGGAUGGAAAGUUCAAGUCGUGAUCUUCACCAUCAACAGAGGGAAGGCAAAAAGAAAGAGGACGUUGGAGGAUAA